AAUAUUUGACUGAGUGUGUGUGGCCAAGCCCCAUUCUAAAGAGGUGAAGAUGUUCCUGUCUCGUUUGUUUUCUUCCAGAAUGAGUCCUAGCUGGGUUCCCUGGGUGGUGGCCUUCUUAUCCACGGUUCUCAGGCUGGAUGCUUCUGUGACUCAGGGCAGAGAUUCUCCAGAAGAUUUUGUGACCCAGGCAAAGGCUGACUGUUACUUCACCAAUGGGACAGAGAAGGUGCGGUUUGUGGUCAGAUUCAUCUUUAACCUGGAGGAGUAUGCACGUUUUGACAGCGACUUGGGGAUGUUUGUGGCCUUGACGGAGCUGGGGAAGCCUGAUGCUGAGCUGUGGAACAGUCGGCCGGAUAUACUGGCGAGGAGCAGAGCCUCUGUGGACAUGCUGUGCAGACGCAACUACAAGCUGGGUGCACCCUUCACCGUGGGGAGGAGAGUACAGCCAGAGGUAGCAGUGUAUCCGGAGAAGGCCCCAGCCCUGCGGCACCACAAUCUGCUGCUUUGCUUGGUGACGGGUUUCUACCCAGGGGACAUCGAGGUCACCUGGUUCCGGAAUGGGCAGGAACAGAGGGAGGGGGUCAUGUCCACUGGCCUCAUCAGGAAUGGAGACUGGACCUUUCAGACGACGGUGAUGCUGGCCAUGACGCCUGAGCUUGGGGAGGUCUACACCUGCCGUGUCGACCAUCCCAGCUUGCCGAGCCCUGUUUCUGUGGAGUGGAGAGCUCAGUCUGAAUAUUCUUGGAGAAGGAUACUGGGUGGAGCUGCAGCCUUCCUGGUCGGGCUAGUCUUCUUUCUGGUGGGAAUUGUCAUCCACAUCAGAGCCCGGAAAGGACGUGUGGUGACUCCGUUGCUUGGCAAUGAGGUCCCAAGAGCAGUGCUUCCACCACAGCCGCACUAGGUUCUAAUUGAUGCUUCUCCCCCGAGGGCCUGAAGAGCGAUAAGGUGGCCCUGGACCAAGUGAGGGAUGCUGUGAGGUCAAUGUUUGGGGUGACUCAUUCUGUGAGACCUUGGAGGAGUCCUUAACUAACUCUGGAGGGCUGCCUUCUGAGAUCACGCAUCUCUCACCCUCCUGCCCUUCGUCCUCCUCCUUGUCUACACGAGUCCUUAUUUCCAAGGACAGUGCCCAGAAAUUCCCCCAAGACCUAGCUCCUUCCAGCCCUAGAUGGUCCAGCCCUAACCAUCCGAGUCGUGGUCUUCAACUUUCUCUCCUCCAAACGCAGCCCCGCAAUCUUCAGAACUCAAGUGUUCAGAUAGUCACUGCUCCCUUUUCAUUGUUUUUUGUUUGUUUUUGGCCGCACUGUGAGGCCUGCGGGAUCUCAAGCGCUGUGACCAGGGAUCAAACCUGUGCCCCCUGCAGUGGGAGUGAAGAAUCAUAACCCUGGACCACCAGAGAAGUCCCAUUUUCAUUGAUUUUUAAAGUCUUUUUUUUCCUUUAAAAUAAAACUGAGAUACCAACAACCA